GUGGGCGGGAAGAGCGCCAGAAGACGCUGGCUGCGAGGGGCAGGACAGAAUUAAAAGAAGAACGCAGCACAUCAUCAACGAGACAUCAUGGCCACUGCUCAGCUCUCUUUCUCCUUUGAAACCUGCAAGGCCAGCAAGGAAACAGCUGUGUUCCCAAUGCAAAUCACCACUGAGCGCCAAUCUCUAAUAUUGGUGAAGAAGCUCUUUGCCACUUCUGUCUCGUGUAUUACAUACCUUCGGGGGCUGUUUCCAGAGAGUUCUUAUGGAACCCGCCGUUUAGACGACCUCAGUUUAAAAAUCCUUCGAGAAGAUAAGAAAAACCCUGGAUCUCUGCAGGUUGUCAAAUGGAUUCAAGGUUGUUUUGAUGCUUUGGAAAAGAAAUAUCUUCACGUGGCAGCGCUUGCAAUUUAUACAAAUCCCAAGGAGCCAGAGAAAGUCACAGAGUUAUAUCAGUUCAAAUUCCGGUACACAAAGGAAGGACCCCGAAUGGAUUUUGUCAGCACUAGUACCAGCUUUGAGAGUGGGAGAACUAGUGAGGAGAUCAAGAAAGCCAGUACCCUCAUCAUCCGCAAGUUGUACGUUCUAAUGCAGAAUCUCAGCCCUCUUCCCAGUGACAUCACACUGACCAUGAAACUCUACUACUACAACGAAGUAACACCCAACGAGUACCAGCCCCCUGGUUUCAAGGAAGGGGAAAGUGCCCAGGGCCUGCUGUUUGAGGGAGAUCCCGUCAGCCUGAAGUUAGGCUUUGUUUCCACCAAUUUUCACAACGUCAAAGUGAAAAUCAUGACUGAGAGUCAGAGGGUGGCGAAUCUGGGCAGCAGUCUGCUUCUGGAGAAUAGCAUCACUGAGAUCUCCCAUCAAGGCCUAGACUGUGAUGAAGAGGAAGAGGAAGGCAGCAUUAGUAUGCAAAGGCUGGAACUCGUGGACAGUCAGCAAACCUUUGAUGUUCCGAAGAAGAGGAGAAAGUCCCAAGUCAACAACAGAAAUUUGAGGAAUUAGGAAGCCUGGGCUCUAUCUCCAGUUCCAAUGUGGAGUGACUUCCAACAAGAACCUCAGUUUGCCCAUCUGUACCCUGCAGGGGCUGUUCUCUGAGCCCUCUUCUUUAUAGAGGAAUUUUGGUAGAGCUAAUGAG